AUGCCGCCCCGCAAGAGGUCGCAACCCUCUGCGGCCAGCCAGGCCCGGCGCCCGUCGGAGGCUUCGAACCAGUCAGCCGCUGAAACCCCUAGGGGCAAGCGCCAUUCUUUCGCUGCUACGGACUCGAACCUGCAGAACCAAUCCAACGACGCCGCCAAUGAUCAGCGUCCCAAAUACAAGCCCAAGGAUCCCUUCGAUGCACUUCUGGAGCCCUUCUACUACAACAAGUCCCUGACCGACCCGAUCGACACUGCUAGAGAUAAAUGGAACCUGCUCCCUGCUUUCCUUAAAGUCAAGGGUCUGGUGAAGCAGCACAUUGACUCAUACAACUACUUUGUCGAAGUGCAACUGAAGAAGAUCGUGGAGUCGAGCUCGACUAUUCGCAGUGACGUGGACCACCAGUUCUAUAUUAAGUUCACCGACAUCUACGUUGGCUCGCCACGACGCUCCGACGAGACGCAGGACUCUGGUAUCGAUUUCCAGUCCGAUGUGACACCACAGGAGUGUCGUCUUCGUGAUACGACUUAUGCCGCGCCUAUCCUUGUCGACUUUGAAUAUGUUCGUGGACGCCAAAGGGUCAUUCGACGGGGUGUCGCUAUUGGACGGAUGCCGAUUAUGCUUCGCAGCUCCAAGUGUGUGCUGGCGAACAAGACGCCUGCGCAGAUGACGGUUCUGAACGAGUGUCCGCUGGACCCGGGCGGUUAUUUCGUUGUCAAUGGUACAGAGAAGGUCAUUCUUGUCCAGGAACAGCUGAGCAAGAAUCGAAUUAUCGUCGAAACAGACCCGAAGAAGGAGAUUGUUCAGGCCUCAGUGACUAGUUCUUCCAACGAGCGAAAGUCGAAGAGUUAUAUCGUCCUCAAGAAAGACAAGCUUCAUGUGAAGCACAACGUGCUCAGUGAAGACAUUCCGAUCGUGGUGUUGUUGAAAGCCAUGGGAAUUCACACCGACAAGGAGAUGUUGCAGCUCGUUGCCGGUUCCGACUCCCUGUACCAAGAAAACUUUGCGAUCAACUUCGAGGAGGCGAUCAACCUGGGGAUUUUCACUCAACAGCAAGCCCUGGAGUGGAUCGGCACUCGGAUCAAGAUCAACCGCAAGCAAGGCGCUUACCGCCGUACUCAUGUUCAGGAGGCUGUUGAGGCAAUUGCUACCGUUAUCAUUUCUCACAUUGAGGUCAAGGACAUGAACUUCCGACCAAAGGCUAUCUACGUCGCCCACAUGGCGCGUCGUGUGUUGAUGGCUAAGAACGACGCGACGAUGGUUGAUGACCGCGAUUAUCUCGGAAACAAGCGUUUGGAACUGGCUGGUCAGAUGCUGGCUUUACUCUUCGAAGAUCUGUUCAAGAAGUUCUGCUUCGACAUCAAGAUGAACAUUGACAAAGUCUUGAACAAGCGCAACCGAGCCGAACAGUUCGACGCAUGGAGUGUCAUGAGUAUGCAUGGAAAUCACAUCACCCAGGGAAUGAACCGUGCUAUCUCGACGGGUAACUGGAGCUUGAAGCGUUUCCGCAUGGAGCGUGCUGGCGUGACCCACGUUCUCAGUCGUCUGAGUUACAUUGCUGCCCUUGGUAUGAUGACUCGUAUUAGCAGUCAGUUCGAGAAGACCAGAAAGGUCUCUGGUCCUCGUGCUUUGCAGCCUUCCCAGUUCGGUAUGCUGUGUCCUGCAGAUACCCCCGAAGGAGAGGCUUGCGGUCUGGUCAAGAACUUGGCUCUCAUGACACAUAUUACCACCAACGACGAGGAGGGUCCUGUGCGAAACUUAAUCUUCAUGCUGGGUGCCGAAGACAUCUCAACGGUUGGUGGAAUGCAACUUUAUGCCCCUGGGUCCUACACUAUUUCUAUCAACGGAACACCGACAGCUUUGACACGACGACCCAAGUACUUCCUGAAUUCCUUCCGCAGGCUUCGCCGCAUGGGAAGAAUCUCAGAGUUUGUUAGCAUUUACAUCAAUCAUCACCAGCGCGCUGUUCACAUCGCAACUGAUGAUGGUCGAAUCUGUCGGCCUCUCAUUGUCGUUGAGAAUGGCAAGUCGCGGGUUCGUCGUCACCAUCUUGAGAAGUUGCGUGCUGGUACCAUGGAAUUCGAUGAUUUCCUUGCUCAGGGUCUAGUCGAAUAUGUCGAUGUGAACGAGGAGAACGAUUCUUACAUCUCCAUUUACGAGAAGGACAUCAACGAGGCCCACAGUCAUCUUGAGAUCGAGCCCUUUACCGUCCUCGGUGCCGUUGCUGGUCUUAUUCCCUACCCUCACCACAACCAAUCUCCUCGAAACACAUACCAGUGUGCCAUGGGUAAACAAGCUAUUGGCGCGAUUGCUUCGAAUCAGUUCCAGCGUAUUGAUUCUAUUCUCUAUCUCAUGGUGUACCCCCAGAAGCCCAUGGUCAAGUCACGAACCAUCGAGUUAACCAAGUACGACCAACUGCCUGCUGGUCAGAAUGCCACUGUGGCUGUGAUGAGUUACUCUGGUUACGAUAUUGAGGAUGCCCUGGUUCUGAACAAGGGCUCGGUGGACCGUGGAUUCGGACGUUGCCAGGUCUUCCGCAAGUACGUCACCAAUCUCAAGAGUUACCCCAACGGCUUGAGAGAUCGUCUCCACGGACCGGAAUAUGAGAAUGAUGCUCCCAUCCGCAAGCAUGCUCUCCUCGAGAGUGAUGGUUUGGCCGCAGUAGGUGAAGAGGUCAAGGCCGGCGAAGUUUACAUCAACAAGGUUACUCCCGACGCCGCGCAAGCCAUGGGCAUUCCGGGCUCUGACUCCGGCAAGCCAACUGACUGGAAGCCAAUGCCCAUGACCUACAAGCUUCCCGAUCCUGCUUACAUCGACAAGGUCAUGGUCUCAGCUACCGAGGGUGAGACUCAGCUCCUCAAGGUGCUGACCCGCCAGACCCGUCGCCCAGAGGUUGGUGAUAAGUUCUCCUCUCGUCACGGACAGAAGGGUGUCGUAGGCAUUAUCGUUGAUCAGGCCGACAUGCCCUUCACCGACCAGGGUAUCAACCCAGACAUCAUCAUGAACCCCCACGGUUUCCCCUCGCGAAUGACCGUCGGGAAGAUGCUGGAACUUGUUUCGGGCAAAGCAGGUGUCCUUUCUGGUCAACAUGGCUACGGUACCUGCUUCGGCGGUAGCCCUGUUCAGGAAAUGUCCCAGAUUCUGAUCGAUCACGGCUUCAGCUAUGGUGGAAAGGAUAUGCUCACCUCCGGCAUCACGGGUGAACCGCUUCCGUUCUACGUCUUCACCGGCCCAAUCUAUUACCAGAAGCUUAAGCAUAUGGUUCAAGAUAAGAUGCACUCACGUGCUCGUGGUCCGACUGCUACUUUGACUCGCCAGCCUACUGAGGGUCGUUCGCGCGAUGGUGGUCUUCGUCUCGGUGAGAUGGAGCGUGAUUGUCUGAUCGCCUACGGUACCAGUCAGCUUCUGCUCGAGCGUCUCAUGAUCUCCUCUGAUCGGCACGAGGUCGACGUCUGUGAGAAGUGCGGUUUCAUGGGUUACCUUAACUGGUGCUCUCGAUGCAAGUCGUCUCGCUCGGUUGUGAAGAUGGUUCUUCCUUACGCCGCGAAGCUCCUCAUCCAGGAACUCAUGAGUAUGAAUGUUUCCGCUCGUCUAAAGCUUGAAGACGAGUUCCCGGAGAUGAAGGGUCGUUAG